CUCCCUGCCCGCCCCGCGCAGUCCGAUGGCGGCGCCGGAGGCCCCCGCUGAGGGAAGCGUGACCUUUGAGGACGUCGCCCUGCACUUCUCCUGGGAGGAGUGGGACCUUCUUGACGAGACCCAGCGACGUCUGUACCGCGACGUGAUGCUGGAGAACUUCGCCCUCGCAUCCUCGCUGUAUUGCUGGCAUGGAGUGGCAGAUGAGGAGGCAUCUUGUGAACAGACGACUUCUGUAGAAGGAAUGCCACAGUUCAGGACUCACAAGGCAGGUCCAUCUCCCCAGAAGGCCCAGCCCUUUGAGAGGUGUGGCCCAAUCAUGAGAGACAUUUUGCACUUGGAUGAGCACCAGCGAACACGUCUUGUUCAGAAGCCAUACGCGUGUGGAAGAAGAUCGUGUUUCGUUGCCAACCGUCAACAGUUCCAGCGGCCGUACAUCACAGAGAGGCCCUUCAGAAGUUCUGUGGACGAAGCCUCCUUUAUAAAGGCCUGCACAGUCCACGUGUCAGGAAAACCCUUCAUCUGUGGGGACAUUAGCAAGGACUUCAUGGCCAGCAUGGGCUUUUACCGUCAACAGGUCAUUCUCACUGGGGAGAAGCCAAACAUUAGUGAUGGUGGGUAUGAGAAUAUCUUCCAUGGUGGAAAAAGUCGCCACCGCUGGGAAGACUGUGAGAAAGCCUUCAAGUACACAGAUAAUGUGGCUCAGGACCAGAGCAUCCUCCCCAGAGAAGGACUUUAUGAGUGCAGCAUAUGUGGGAAAACCUGCACCCGAAGGUGUAACCUCAUUCAGCACCAGAAAGUCCAUACUGGAGAAAGGCCUUAUGAGUGCAGCGAAUGUGGGAAACUGUUUACCUAUUACUCCAGCUUCAUUGUACAUCAGAGAGUGCACACUGGAGAACGGCCUUAUGAGUGCAGCGAAUGUGGGAAAUCGUUUAGCCAAAGCUACAGCCUCAAUAGCCAUAGGAAAGUUCACACUGGAGAAAGGCCUUACGAGUGCAGGGAAUGUGGCAAAUCUUUUAGUCAAAGGUCCAACCUCGUUCAACAUCAGAGAGUUCACACUGGGGAAAGGCCUUACGAGUGCAGUGAAUGUGGGAAGUCCUUUAGCCAAAACUUCAGCCUCAUUUACCACCGCAGGGUCCACACGGGAGAAAGGCCUCAUCACUGUGGCGAAUGUGGGAAGUCAUUUAGCCGAAGCUCCAGCCUCAUUCACCACCGGAGGCUGCACAGUGGAGAAAGGCCUUAUGAAUGCAGUAAAUGUGGUAAAUCCUUUAAGCAGAGCUCCAGCUUCAGUUCACAUAGGAAAAUCCACACGGGAGAAAGGCCUUAUGAAUGUCGGGAAUGCGGAAAAUCUUUUAGCCAUAGCUCUAACCUCAAGAACCACUGGAGAGUUCACACAGGAGAAAGGCCUAUUGAGUGCAGUGAGUGUGGGAAAUCCUUUAGCUGCAAAUCUAACCUGGUGAAACACCUCAGAGUUCACACAGGAGAGAGACCUUAUAAGUGCAGUGAGUGUGGAAAAUCCUUUAGCCAAAGCUCCAGCCUCAUUCAACACCAGAGAGUUCACACUAGAAAAAGGCCGUAAGAGUGCAGUGAGUGUGGGAAAUCCUUUUGCUGUCAACCUGACCUCAUUCGACACCAGAGACCUCACACUAGUGAAAGGCCUCAGAUGCACAUAGGCUAUGCGGUUUCCUUCUAGUAGUUACACUGGACCAAGAAGUUUUGAGGGGUCCGUCUCCUAGAAUCAAAGCCCAUGCACCCGAAAUUAUCAUUCUGGGCAGAUUCCACUUGAAUGCCAGCCGUGCAGGGAUCUUUCAGGAGCUGUGUUACACUUUCUAACCUGUCAGGGCCCUUGUUACAUAUACACCACCUCAGUUUAUGUGACAGUUCAUUUCACCUCCUCCACCUGGCAGGCCCACCUGUGCAUCACCCUCAUGUGUUCAGGGAGGAUGACUUCUACUUUUGCCCAUGUGCUGAAGGAAAGAUCCUAGGUGGUCUUAGGCCUUGCGGGGUCCUCAUUCCCUGCGUGUUCACAAAUCAGGUUGUGGGUCUCCCCAGUUUGAUCCCAGGGGACUCAAUCUUCAUUCUCCUGGUGUCUUGCCCAGAAGAGCUGUGCCAAAGACACAUUUAUUUUAUGUGCUGCAGGUUUGAAUCUUCCCUGACUCCAAGGCACUGUCCUGGAGAUGCUUCCUCAUGUUGCUUUGGAUUUUUGCAAUAAUAAAGACGUGAUUAUGUAAGACACCUGUGAUCUUGGGGUUUUAUUCACUGUAUGAAAUGACCUGACAACAAGUGGGUUCUGUCAGCAUGACGGAGGCCACAGCUUUCAUGCAAGUCCCGUGUGUUGCGCAAAACAGUGAUGGAGAAUACAGCUUUCUGGUUUGGCUUAAUUUGCACUGUUGCCUAAGUUAUCCGAGGAAAGGCUGAAACACUCGUGGUCUCAAUUUGUGAACCGGGUUGCAGGAUUUUGUGUGGGCUCAGACCACCCUGAGGAACCAUGAAGUUGUGACAACCUCAAGCACUUUGGGGAACAACAUAGAUUCCUUUUUGUCACAGUGAAUAGCACAUAACAUACAGCAUGUUGAGGGGAAUCUACCCCACAUCCUGCAAAGAAGCCACGUCCCCUGUACCCAAAAUCCACUAAGCUAGCGUCACUAAGACUCCAGGGCCCCGACAGAACCCUAG